UUAGUUAAAAUGGCGUCCGAUAGUAAAUGUUUAGUGAUGUGUUGACAAAAGUUUGCACCGAUUAAAAUGUCCAAUACACCGUCGAAUCGUCGAAAUGGGGCACAAAAAAUACGACUGACAAUUCUGUGUGCGAAAAAUUUGGUGCGAAAGGAUCUUUUUCGUCUCCCAGAUCCGUUUGCAAAGAUCUCGGUUGAUGGAAGCGGUCAAUGUCAUUCAACAGAAACUGCAAAAAACACUUUGGAUCCGAAAUGGAAUUCCCAUUAUGAUUUAUACAUUGGACAAAAAGACACCAUAACAAUAAGCGUUUGGAACUUUAGGAAAGUGCAUAAAAAACAAGGAAGUGGCUUUUUGGGCUGUAUUAAAAUCCAAAGCUCACAAAUACAAUGUUUAAAAGAUACCGGAUAUCAAAGAUUAAACUUAGUAAAAGCAUCCCAAGAUGAUAGCGAACUAGUUAAAGGUCAAAUAAUUAUUUCGUUAAUGUCCCGAGAUGGCCCAUCUGGUGGAAUACCGCUAGCGGUGGUGGGGCCACAAGGUGAAUUAAAAGGCCCAUCAGAUAGAGAAACUUCACCUCCGGAACCUACAGAAAAUGUUUUACCACCAGGUUGGGAGGAACGUCGCACCGAAAACGGUCGACUUUACUACGUUAAUCACGUCACCAAAUCAACCCAAUGGAUUAAGCCCCAAAAUAACCCAAAAAAUCAUCAUCGUGAUCGACCCCGACCGUCUCGAACAAACAAUAAUCCCACCGUAGACCUCGGCAUCAACAACAACAACAAUAAUCACAACAAUUCCAAUGAAAAUAAUAAUCAAACAAACGAAAUUGUUAAUGCAACGCCCACAACAAGUUCAUCUUCAAGUUCGACGUCGCCGGUUUCGCCUGUUGUCAGUCCACAAAAAGAAAUAAUUAGGCGCGAAAGGGAGUUUAACGCCCCACCGAUUUCAACGGCCGUUAUUCCGGCGCCGAAUAAUAUCAGUUGUAACGCUCCCGCGAGUUCUUUAAGUUCUGGAAGCGGAAAUAGUAGUGGUGGUGGGGAUGGGAACCAGCCGAAUGGAAAUACUCCGCGACAACAUCGCGAGAGGAGACAGAGAAGUGGGGAGGAUGGGCGGAGAAAUGAAGGGGGUAGUCGCAGGAGGAAUCCUAGGAAUCGGAAUGGGGUGGUUAAUGGGAGUGUGCAAACGCAGAAUGCUACGGCGAGCGGAUCAGGGACAAGUGGGAAUGGAAGCAAAUUAGAUUUACCAGCUGGAUAUGAAGUACGAACAACCCAACAGGGACAAGUUUACUUUUACCACAUACCAACUGGAGUUUCAACAUGGCAUGAUCCGCGUAUCCCGAAAGAUUUGGCACCUUUAGGGUUAUCCCUUGAUCAAUUAGGACCUCUCCCCGCCGGUUGGGAAAUGAGACACACCGCAUCCGGUCGGAUGUAUUUUGUGGAUCAUAAUAACCGCACGACGCAAUUUACCGACCCUAGAUUAAACACUCAAAUUUUAACAAAUAUAAUUCGAACGAAAAAUCAUUCCGGUACUCCAUCAAAUAGCACCCCAAACAAUUCAACCGCAAAUAAUACCACAACAACAAACAACGCAUCUUUAUUAAAUAAUACGGUUAUUGCAAAUCCAAAUGUGACAAAUUUGGUUAAUAAUACGAAUAAUUUACAAUCACCACCACCACCACCACCGGGUGGUGGUAAUAAUUCAAAUCCAUUAGAAAGAGUUACGCCAAAUACAACUGUUACAACAAAUGUUAAUAAUACAACUCCGAUGUCUCCAAGAAGUCGACCAACUGAUUCGGAUUUACCACACGGCUUGUUAAACGAUUCCGAGUUAUUACCGAAAUAUCGCCGAGAUUUAGUGGGAAAAUUAAAAGCUUUAAGAGCGGAAUUACAAGCUUUACAACCGCAAAGUGGUCAUUGCCGAUUAGAAGUGUCACGUUCGGAGAUUUUUGAGGAAAGCUACCGUUUGAUAAUGCGCAUGAAACCGAAAGAUAUGCGAAAACGACUUAUGGUAAAAUUUCGUGGGGAAGAAGGUUUAGAUUACGGUGGAGUCGCAAGAGAAUGGCUCCAUUUAUUAUCAAGAGAAAUGUUGAAUCCACAAUACGGUUUGUUCCAAUAUAGCCGCGAUGAUCAAUACACGCUACAAAUUAAUCCGGAUUCAUCGAUUAAUCCUGAACAUUUAUCGUAUUUCCAUUUCGUUGGGAGAGUUUUGGGAAUCGCCGUUUUUCAUAAUCACCAACUCGAAGGUGGAUUUACAACCCCGUUUUAUAAACAAUUAUUAAAUAAGCCGAUUACGUUACAAGAUAUCGAAGGGGUUGACCCGGAAUUACAUCGUAGUCUUACUUGGAUGCUCGAAAAUAAUAUAAACGGCGUUUUAGAUACAACUUUUUCGGUUGAAAAUAAUAGUUUUGGUGUUAUAAAAGUUCACGAACUAAAACCGUCAGGCGCGACAAUAACCGUAACCGAAGAAAAUAAACGAGAAUACGUUAAACUUUACGUUAAUUACCGCUUUAUGCGGGGAAUCGAACAACAAUUUUUAGCGUUACAAAAAGGUUACACCGAAUUAAUUCCAUUAGCUUUACUUCGACCGUUCGAUGAACGCGAAUUAGAACUCGUUAUAAGCGGAAUAGCAACGAUUGAUAUCGAAGAUUGGAAAGCAAACACGCGUUUGAAACAUUGCACGCCGGAAACGCCGGUCGUACAGUGGUUUUGGCAAGUCGUGGAAACGUAUGGGGAAGAAAUGCGAGCUCGAUUAUUACAAUUCGUUACAGGAUCUUCCCGGGUUCCUUUACAAGGAUUUAAAGCGUUACAAGGAAGCACUGGGGCUGCGGGUCCAAGAUUAUUUACGAUUCACUGUGUUGAUGUUCCAGCUCAAAACUUGCCAAAAGCACACACUUGCUUUAAUCGCAUCGAUAUACCACCUUAUGAUAGUUAUCAGGUGCUUGCUGAUAAACUAACACAGGCUGUUGAAGAAACUUGUGGGUUUGCUGUAGAGUAAGUGUAAAAAAUUGUAUAAAAGAUAAGACUAAAAUGACUCAUAAUGUUAAUUGUAAUUUUUUAUUCCAAAAAUAAUUACUUAACAUUUUGACAUCCAACUCAGUGACUAUGUAAUUAAUGUGUUAUGGAAAUAUUUUAAUUUUUUUUUAAUUGAAAAUUUCCUUAACAUAUUAAGUUUGCUUUAAAUACAUGAUUUGGAGAUUG